CCGGACCUUCGUAAAUCUCGAUGUAUCGUUAAUACUACUGCUUACCUUAGGUGCCUCUUUUGAAGUUGACGUCUUACCCACCCCCCCCCGUUAUAUCAAUUACCUGUAUCACCGCCGGGGCCCCCAGGGUGGUGAUACAGGGUGUACUAUAUAACCUCUAACAAUGCCUUCGCCAAACCUGACUACCAUCCCCUUAGAAAUACUAGUCUGGAUUGCUUCAUACUUCAAUGGACGAGACUUGAAAGCUGCUCGCUUGGUCUGUAGACAACUUGAUGUCUCGCUCUUCCAAAAAUUCGCCCAAAAGUACUUCACCAAGGUCCGUUGCACGUGUACCGAAUAUAGCCUAAAAGCUCUUGUGGACAUAUCAGAGUCCCGUCUGUCGCCCUACCUUAAACACGUCGUUAUCGAGGCAGACCUUCUCCAUUACGAACAAAUAAACGCGGAUUGGGGAUACUAUGGUAUCACUGCCGGCUCUACAGAGGUGCAAGUCAGCGGUAACAGAUUUACCCAAUGGACCGCCGACCAGUUAUCAUUUCUAAAUACCGGACUCGAUCAACAAUAUCUUACCAAGGCCUUUCGUAAUCUUAAACUUGAAAGAGUCGGGCUUUGUGAUUCAGAUCAAAUAUCUUCUUCCUCCGUGUGCAAUUGCGCCAGCCAUAAGGGCAUUAGUUUAGGAACUUCCCAGGUCUACACGGAGACUGACGCCUCGCCCCACUUACAACAGAUGGAGCCCACAGGUAUGCAUCGCCCUCAAGAGGCUGUAAGGUGUGUGCAGUCUGUAUUGUUUGCGUUAGGAGAAUCAAGAUCAAGGCCGAGACGACUCGAUAUUUGCUUAAUGUAUACAUUACUACCAGACCAAGCAUUCAACGUCCCUAAUUUUGCGAAAGAUAUUAUCUUGCCUAUGAUUUCCGGCCUAGAAACUAUCGAUUUACACCUCGGCCUAUAUUCCUCCUUCCCACAACUGAUUUCACCAAAUAAUGGAGUGCCAGUUAUAAUCGGCACAUAUUACUUACGCACAUUCCUUUCACAUGCAACCCAUCUCGAAGCCUUACAUUUCAAGGCCAUGGAUCUUGAAGAUCUCUCCGAUUGGUUAGGGGCUCCGAUUUCAUACAAUGAUUAUGAAGGACCACCUGAACUCAAGCCGCCAAAUACUCCUGCACUCACGAAAGUCCAUGAGUGCGAGUUUAAGGGAUGCAAACUUCCUCUGCAGAGCCUCCUUCACAUUACUCGAAAGUGCUCUGGCCUCCGAAAAUUGACCCUUACUAAUAUAAUUUUCGCCGAGGCUAAUGAUGAUAUGUUCUGUCGAUUGUUUAUGGAAAUACUCGAAUCUAGCGCACAUCUUGAGUCUAUCCACCUAUAUAAUAUUAAAUAUGCCCACGGCGCGGUUACGGUAUAUUUUGGAAAGAGGGAUUAUAGAUCUAGGCUAUUCUUUUACCAAGGACUAAACGUGAAGGCGGAGCUUGAGGCACUGGGAUGGUGGAUGGAAAGAGCAGAACCCUAUACAGACGAUGAGUACGGCGGCCUAGGUAGUGAAGAGGACGAAGACCUAGAUAGUGAAGAAGACUAGGACAGUAAGAUGGAGAGAUGGUAUGAGGAACGCUAUUUUUAAUUAGAUCUAUCCGGCGGUUGUUGGGGGUUUCGUAUCGUACUUGUAGUCUAUGUCGGCGUUUGGAAAAUUCGGGCGAAGUCAUGGGAGUUUAGCUGAGAGUACCAGGACAGUGGAAGUGAAUUGAGUUCAUUUAAGGAUCGAACGUUUACUCCUUAACUAUCGGUGGAAUAGAUAUACCAAUAACUAUGCGGGUAUAGAAUGUCUACUAAGUUGAUAGAUAGUAGAGUGCACUAAAUAAGUGAGUUUCUCCAGUCUUGUCUCUCUUCGGUUCGAUACUAAUCCGGGGAGCUAGCUUACAU